AUCGUCUCCCCUCCCCCAUCCAAUUUGUGUGGUGGAGGACUCCCAUGAGUUAAUACGGCGAACCACUUGCUCCUCCUCCUCUUCCUCCUCUCCUGUGGCAGUAUUCGCCUCCAAUUCCUCACUUCCAAAAGAGGGAGAGAAGAAGAAGAAGGGAAGGGAGGGAGAGGAGAGAGAGAGAGAGAUGGGGAUCGUGGAGGAGGCGCAUAACGUUCGGGUGUUGGGGAAUGGGGAGAGGACCAUCGUGCUGGCGCACGGGUUCGGGACGGACCAGUCGGUGUGGAAGCACCUGGUGCCGCAUUUGGUGGAGGAUUACCGGGUGGUGCUGUUCGAUAACAUGGGGGCGGGGCCCACCAACCCGGACUACUUCGACUUCGAGCGCUACACCACGCUGGAGGGCUACGCCCUCGACCUCCUCGCCAUCCUCGAGGAGCUCCACGUCGCCUCCUGCACCUUCGUCGGCCACUCCGUCUCCGCCGUCAUCGGCGCCCUUGCCUCCAUCUCUCGCCCCGACCUCUUCUCCAAGCUCGUCAUGCUCUCCGCCUCCCCCAGGUAUCUGAAUGAUGUGGACUACUUUGGGGGAUUUGAACAGGAAGAACUGGACCAGCUUUUUGAUGCCAUGAGAUCUAAUUACAAGGCAUGGGUAUCUGGAUUUGCUCCAUUAUGUGUGGGAGGAGACUUGGAUUCGGUAGCAGUUCAGGAGUUCAGCCGAACACUUUUCAAUAUCCGUCCUGACAUUGCCUUAAGUGUAGCACAAACAAUAUUCCAAAGUGAUGUGAGGCGUCUCCUAGGCCUUGUUACAGUUCCUUGUCACAUCCUUCAGAGUAGCAAGGAUCUUGCAGUGCCUGUUGUGGUAUCUGAGUACUUGCAUAAGAACAUCACGGGUAUUUCCAUUGUCGAAGUUAUGCCCUCAGAAGGCCAUCUUCCACAGUUGAGCAAUCCAGAAAUGGUCAUUCCUGUUCUGCUUAGGCACAUACGGUUUGACAUAGAAGUCUAAGAAGACUCCACAGAGCUAAACAAGCUGUGUAUUCUCCCCAUGUUAGCAGCACAAGAUGCUCUUGUUUGAAUUACAAAUAAGAUUUCAGACUAUCCAAAAUUGUUGUAAUGCUAGGCAAAGUCCCAACUGUAGUUGUAUAUUAACGUUGCUGAUAUUCUGUUACAGGACACCUUCUGUUCUGAAGUUUGCUUCCACUUCCAACAAAAAAAAAAAGGGAAAAAGAAAACAAAUGCACACACAACGGCGACGGCAAACCACUCCCAUCAAACAAAAAAGGGGGUUUUCUUCUUUUCUAGUAGUGAAUCCAGUCGUAUGUAAGAGUAUCCUGAUUAUUUACUGGUGGCAAAGGCAUGAUGUUUUCUUUGCUGUA